UUACUAUUGUAUAUAAAUUCUUGCAAAGCUUUCAACUUUGAUAUCAUGUGUGGUGCCAUAAACUCGUCAUGGGACUCACUCACUCUUGCUCACGCUCUCAAGCUCAUUCUCACUCACCUUAUUUUUUCCAUGAUCAAAAUAUGGAUAUGGGGAUGGGGGAAUCCAUCACCACCCAGACGGACGUUUCUUUCAUGCUCACUAAGCAUGUUUUUUCCAAAGAGAUUAAAGGCGAUGUAAACCUCGUGUUUUCUCCCCUCUCGAUUCAAAUUGUGCUUUGCCUGAUUGCUGCCGGCUCCAACGGGCCAACAAGGGACCAGCUGCUCUGUUUCCUCAAGUCCAAAUCCAUUGAUGCACUCAAUUCUCUGUAUUCUCAUCUUGUCAACAUCGUCUUUGUUGAUGGCAGCCCCAAGGGAGGUCCGCGUUUAUCCGUUGCUAAUGGUGUUUGGAUCGACCAAUCACUGCCUUUUAAGCCUUCUUUCAAAAAGGUUGUUGAUAAUGUUUACAAGGCUGCUUCAAGUUCUGUUGAUUUUCAGUACAAGCCUACUGAAGUUGCCAAUCAAGUCAAUCAGUGGGCUAAAAUGAAAACAAAUGAUCUCAUCAAAGAGAUUCUUCCUCAUGGCACAGUAAACAAUCUGACAAGGCUCAUCUUUGCCAACGCACUAUAUUUUAAAGGAGCGUGGAAUGAAAAGUUCAAUGCUUCAGAAACAAAAGACCAUAAAUUCCAUCUCCUGAGAGGAGGGUCUAUUAAAGCACCUUUCAUGACCAGCAAUAAUAAACAAUAUGCAGUAGCCUUUGAUGGCUUUAAAGUGUUGGGACUUCAUUAUAAACAAGGCAGAGAUACGCGUCGCCUCUGCAUGUAUUUAGUUCUGCCAGAUGCUCGUGAUGGAUUACCAGCUUUGAUAGACAAAAUCAGUUCGGAGCUAGGAUUUUUAAGUCGCCACCUUCCAUUUGAAAAGGCUACAAUGCGCAAGUUUCUUAUCCCUAAAUUCAAAACAACUUUCGGGUUUGAAGCUUCUAAUGCUCUAAAGGGACUUGGCGUCACUUUGCCUUUCUCUGGUGGUGGCCUCACUGAGAUGGUGGAUUCCCCUUUAGCUGGGAGGUUGUUUGUUUCGCAGAUUUUUCACAAGUCCUUUAUUGAGGUAAACGAGGAAGGAACCGAAGCUGCAGCUGUUACAACUAGUUUAAUACAGACCAAGUCCCUGACAAUUGAGAAGGAAAUCGACUUUGUUGCUGACCAUCCAUUCCUGUUCCUUAUAAGAGACGAUGCUACUGGUGUUGUGUUGUUCAUAGGGAGCGUGUUGAAUCCUCUAGCUGGUUAAGUAGCCCAUAUUGCAUGAAUUAUAUAAAGCUUUGUAAAGAAGGAUAGUUCUAUAAUGGACACAGAGAGGUGUUAUGUAUCUAAAUAACCAGUUUCCUUGUGUAUCUAUUGGAUGAGAGGCAUUAUGUGUAUCUAAGUUACCAGUUUCAUGAUUUGGGUACUCUUUUGAUGAGACUUUGUACUUUAUCUUUGGCAUCUUAUAAAAUUGACUCGUCUAUGCUUAUGUUAAUUGGCUUUUUGAGACUUUACAUUUUGGUUAAACUUGGCUUUACCUACAUAAAAUUUUCUUCUACUUUUAACAUGUGUCCAUAGAACUUUUGAGAUGAAAUUGAAAAGGUAAUAAUCGAUAAGCAAUUGUUUUUUCUCUAUGUACAACGUACAUUUAGGUCAUAAUAUUAGACUAUUACUUAAUGACAUGUCUAAUGGAUGGAGUUCUCGAUACGCAUAAAGAAGUUAAACAAUUUGCACAUUAAAAAUUAUGCUUAAGAUUACGUGUCACUUUCUCUAUCUUUGAUUCAAUUCUUUUUUAGUUAUUACAUACCUUAACAUCCACAUGGAAGCUAAUCUGAUCAAGACAACUUAAUGACUAAAAUAAAAAAUAACACUAGUCUUAAUAGCAAUGCAAAAUGUCACGAUUAAGUGGUUCUAAAAAAAACAGGUUGAUAACUCCGAAGUCAACCCCUGGUGGGACAUGCUCUGCGUUCCUUCUCCGCGUCAUUUUGGUGUUGUUUCCGUCUAGCAGUUUCUCUUCGUCCCAAUCAAUUAUGCAAUUAAUUAAUAUUGAGGAUAUCAUAUUGAUUUUGUAGUGGAAUAUAAGUGCUACGUGUUCAUUUUCAGAGAAUAAGUCAUACAAACAUGCAUUUCUUUGUUCGAUCUCCAUUUGUUGAUAUAAGUUUUACUGAAUCAAGUCAAAGUCAAAAACCCCACCUGUUAAGUAACAGUAUAGUAUAUAAAUUCUUGUAAAGCUUUCAACUUUGUGAUCAUUGUAUUCACUAUGUCAUCAUCUUCUUCUUCUUUGCACACAAGUAUGGAUCUCAGGGAGUCAAUCACCAACCAGACGGACAUUUCUUUCAUGCUCGCUAAGCACGUUUUCUCCAAAGAGAUUAAUGGUGAUACCAACCUGGCUGCUGAGGUUGCCGAUCAAGUCAAUCAGUGGACUAAAAUGAAGA